AAACUCCAUAGUCAGAUAUCUGCCAGUCAAUAUUUUUGUUUACAUUUCGCGGUAUGACACAAUUUACAGAGUCACGGUCCAUAAAUCUGAGAUAAAAUCUCGGCGAACACAUGGAUUUGUGUACAGUGUUAGGACAAGGGCUGCCUGCAACGUGCUCCUCAGGACAAACUUAGCACACAACAAACAGGUCCAGUGAGCGACACAAACUUAACUAGCUAGGUAACGUUACUGUUGUGUGCCUGCUGGUAUCAACUGGAAGAAAAUAGUGCAUGACUGACAGCAGCACUGAAAUGAUCCAUACUACUCCAGGGGCAGUGGGUCUUGACCCUGCCGUGCUGAGAGACCAACUCUUCGAACUAUGGAACUGGAAAGAUCUGCAGACGCUACGUUUGGCUGCCCUCCAGGGAUUUUCAAAGCUGUCUGAACCUCUGGAGGCUUUACUAACAAUCCUGGAGGGUUGUCCAGGCAAACAGAAGGGUCGGAGCCACACCCUCAGUCAACACAUCCUCAUGGAAUUCCAGACAUGGAUAAAGGAACAUCCUCAGGUGACCCUGAGCUCACUCUCAGAGCAGCAAGCAACAGCGCUUCAGCGGCGGGCUCUGAGCCUACUAACAGAUACCCAGCCCAGCUUCGUAGACGGUCUCAUAAACAUCUACCAACUGAGCUCCGUGGAUCCAGCCACACUCCAACUCUACAUUGUGAGGUUGCAGGCUCUUCACUGCUACAAAGAGGCAGCAGUGCUCAGCAUAAAGCUGAAGUUACAGAAAGAACUUAAUAUGGAGGAGAUGUGCAUACCACUUAUUUUGCAAAAUAGGUUGCCAUUGGCAGAGUCCUUCGUCACAGGCCACAGCCAUCUAGAACAACAACUGGUCACACUGUUAGACUCGUGGUGCCAUUCCAGCUUCAGUGUGGACGAGAUAAGCAGGCAGUUCCCUCGCUUCUCUCUCACCAAACAGUGCAUGAGCCAGAUCCAGCCCAAGAUACUCACCAAACAUGUCUUCAGACUCAUGGAGAAAUUCAACAUCGACCAAGGACUGUGUCCCAAUGCUCUUCACAAGAGGAGAUUGGACUCUUUACGUUUCCUCAUGUACAAGAGAUUUGUGGAGAAAAGCAUGACAGAGGAGAACUGGAAUGACCAUGUACAGUACGUGGUGGCAGAUGACCUUGAGCUGCAGAUCCAGUUGGUGGAGAUGUUGGUGAAGUACUGUGGUCUUCAGAAAGCCUCUCAGUGGUCACUGAGAUACAACCUCCCCAGGGAUCGACUACCCUGCGGGGUAUGGGAUAAACAGCAGAGUCUACCCCCUCAUUUACAACAGAUAGGUGCAUGUGGUUCAGCACAAACUGAGGAGUGGAUACUGUCUCAGUCUCACUGUCAGAAGUUCUACCAGGUGCCUCUCACCAAAGACAAGGUUCAUUUUGUGGACUCACUGGAAGCUCUUCAGAGAUGUCGAAACAUUGUGCUGAAGGAAGGUGCUAUAGUAGGAGUUGACAUGGAGUGGCAACCCACUUUUGGCUGUAUCAUAACCCAGAGAGUUGCCCUGAUACAGCUUGCAGUUUCGGACCAGGUUUUCCUAUUAGACCUUUGUGCUAAUGGCUUUUGUCAACACCCAGACACUAUUAGUUUCAUCAGGGCCUUAUUCUCUGAAAGAAACAUCCUUAAACUGGGUUAUGGUAUGUCAGGGGAUCUCAAGUGCCUCUUGGCCACCUGGCACCAGCUUUCAGAGGAGCCACUCCAGAUUGAGGGAAUGCUUGAUCUUCUUAAUAUACACCAAAAGAUCCAGCGUCAAAAGGUCCACAGGACUCAAAACGGACCUAAAGAGGUGCUGGUAGGAGAGGACUCUGCAGAGAAAGGCUUCAGUCUGCUGGCACAACAGGUUCUUGGAAGGCCCCUAGACAAGACCGAGCAGAUGUCCAACUGGGAGAAACGGCCACUGCGCAUCAGCCAAAUUAGAUAUGCAGUGGCAGAUGCCUACUGUUUGCUGGAUGUGUACUCUGUCCUCUCCAGCAACCCAGCUCACUUCGGGCUACCAGCUGACCUGCGCAGCGUCUCGUCAGGCCGGUCAGAGAAGAGUGGGGACGAGAAGCAGAAGGAGAACCAGGCCAAGCAAAUCAAACAGCCCCUUGGCAAAGAGGAAUGUCAGGGGGCUCAAAGGGUCAGUCCCCCUCGCUCCGAAUCUGAGAAAAGCCUCCUGUGUGGCGAGAAGCCCUCAGAAGACAACCCCCCUCUGCCCCCCCAGCAGUUGCGGGUGGUGUGUGACAACAUGCUGCAGGGACUCGGGAGGUACCUGCGCUGUUUAGGAGUGGAUGUGGUCAUGUUGGAGAACACUGAUGAUCACAGAGUAGCAGCAAAGUUGGCACAAGCUGAAGGCCGGGUCAUACUCACAUGUGGACAGCCGUUCCAAAGUUUGCGGUCCCAGGUCAGCGAGGGUCGCUGUCUGUCCCUUGACUGUUCAGAAAAAGCCAGAGACCAGGCUGUUAAAGUCCUCAGACACUUCAAUGUCCAGCUCACUCGUGGUGAUAUAUUCAGCCGCUGCCAGGCUUGUAACUGUGAUCAGUACGUGGCAGUGCCCAGAAAUGACAUGGUCAGGAUGCUUCAACAGAAAGGAUUCCUGCAGGACCAGGACAUCACUGACCACGCACAGCAACAGGAAGAGGAGAAGCUCGGUGACAUUCUGACCUCCAGUGUGACCCCUGAAAUCCCCAGGUAUGUUCAGUGUCAGUGGGCCCCCCUCUCAGGGCUGGACCCCGACACCCUGACCUUUCCCGGGGGUGCACCCGUACAGCUCCACACUGUGCCCCCUGCCCUCCUGCCGAGGAUACCACUCUUCUAUGUCUGCACCAGAUGUGGCAAGGUGUUCUGGGAAGGCUCCCACUUUGGCCGCGUCCUCUCUAUGUUUCAGGACGUCUUACACAUAACAGACGAGAACACUGAUUCGGCUUCGGCAGCACAGCAGAACUGACGGAUGUAGAGCUAGUUUAAUGGUUCCUCAAACAUCGUAAAAUUUUUUGAAACAUUUAGAACCCGGCUGUCAUAAAAUCCAAUUAAAUUGGCUCAUAUAUGAGUUUUAUUUUUAUAUUUUCUAAUUGAUGAUAGAAGAAAUUCAUUUUCAAUUAACAAAUCGUUUAGAUAAAAAUUAGGUGCUAAGUAAACGGUAAUCCCACUGGCCCUCUAUGAUGUUUAUUUUUUAUUGUUUUUAAACCUAAAUCAACCAACUGUGCUGAGAGGUCCUGUUCACCAUCUGGAAAUAAAAUUUGAAAGUUAUACCAGAAAGGAUGAUGUAAAAUCACAAGUUCUUUUUAGGUGCAUAUAGUUUUGACAGUUUUAAAUCCAUUUUGUUUAUAAGAGUUUAAAACACACUGACCCAAAGACAGGUCACACGAUGAUCAUGUUUUGACUUGGUCAGUUUUUGUUGUUGAUUGUUUUCACUGUUAUAUCACAUUUAUGGUGAUUUGUAGGCUGGAUCUUAUUAAGAUCAUUUGAAUUGUUCCUCAAUUCCUCAUUUCUUCACUAAGAAUUUAUAUCAUCAAUCUAUAAAGUGCCACGUUUAAGUGGAAACCAGUCACUGUAUGUAAAAAUGGAUGACGCGUCUCUGCUUAUACCCACUGUACAAAAAUGAAACCAAGGUUUCCUGAAUACAGCCACGAUAAACUAACAUUCAUGCUGGUCUAUACAAUCAUCCCAGCCCUCCCUCCUGCGUUUCCAUGUGGUACAAUUGUGGGCGCUGCUGUCGCAAAGACACCUAGAUCACUUUCUGUUUUCCUCUGAGCCAAGCAACUGACACAAUAUCCACAGAUAGUUUGGCUGUUCCACUGUCCGCAGUUUCCACUACUGGGAAUUACUGCAAGGAACUUACACUGACACUCUUUGGUAACAGGGACAGCUACCAAUAGCUACCACAGAAACAAAAGCACUGUCCUCUUUCUGUUUUGUUUUUGCAAUGGUGAAUGCACUUUAUCCAAAUCGAGCCUUCAUUUUCCUGGGAGAUUUUAUCGUGUGACAGACAAAAUUGCAUAAUGAAAGAGUGGCUUAUAGGAAUCUUAACACUGAUGGUGCCAUUAUUCGAUAGCACAUUUACUUCACAAUAAUAAGUUCAAGUUAAAAACCUGUUUAUUUCCACUUUUUUCUCCAUUCAACAGAAAAAAAAGUUAGUCAAAUGGUGACAGGACUUCAUUAUUUGGUGUUGAUAUCAGUCUCUGGUACUGUAUAUUUUCAUUCUCUGGGUUUGCAUUUGUACAAUGUUUAAUUAUUUAGCUUGAAGCUGAAUAUGUGUUAAUAAAGUGCAACUCAUUUCAUUUGUUAA